AUGGCGUCGAAGAUGACGGCCCCCAGCCCGUACGGCAGUGUCAGCGACGAGGCUCGCCGCCGCUACGAAGAGCGCUACGCCAGAAAACGCGCAGAGGAAGCAGCAAAGGCCCGUGCAGAGGCAGAGGCAGCCAACACCCCUCCUCCCCACCAGCAACCGCCCCCCCAGGCCCACGUCCACCAGGGAUACCCCCAGCAGCUAUAUCAACAACAGCCGCCACAGGGCUACCGCGCCCCUCAAAAUUACCAGCCUGCCCCUCAGCAGCAGCAGCAGCAGCAGCAGCAGCAGCAGUACGCCGCGCCCGUCCAGCAACAGCACCAGCAAAGACCCCCUCCCCAACAGCAAUACCACUCUCCUCCCCAACAAUCCCACCCUCCCCCUUCUCAGCAAUACCAUCAGCAACCCGCGCAGAACCACCAGCAACGCCCGGUUCAGGGUGGAUACCAGUCGCCGCCUCAGCAACAGCAGCAACAGGCGUACCAGUCUCGGGCGCCUGUCCACCAGCAGCAGCAGUGGAAUGGGGCGUCUCAGGGCCAAGGGCUUGGUGUGGGCUCGCAGCAGCAGGGAGGGUAUCAGCAGCAGGAGGCGAGGGCGGCGCCGGUUGCGCCUGCAGGAGAAGAAGAUGCCGAGUUGAGGUCGUUGUUUGCUCAGUUUGACAGUUCUCGUUCGGGCCAGCUUCACGCGUUCGACUUGCAGAGAUUACUCGCCAAGGACGCGACGAUGGAGGCUAGAGAAGAUGCGGUCAAGAUGGACUGGCACGGCAUCUUCUGUCGCUUCGACCGCGACAACUCUGGCCUCAUCGACCGUAAAGAACUCCACUCCGCCCUUCUCGGCUUUGGCUUCUCCCUCCCCCCCGAGCUCGUCGCCAAGCUCGAAAAGCGUUUCGCCCCGCCCCCCGCGCCGGGGCAGACGUAUCAGCCGGGGAUCAGCUUUGAUCGGUUCUUGUUGGCUUGUGUGACUGUGAAGCAUUAUACGGAGGCGUUCAGGAGGCACGAUCCUGGGAAUACGGGCGAGAUUACCGUCACGUAUAACGACUAUAUGGACAUCGUUCUCGAGUCUCCCAGUUAG